UUAACCCUCUCUGCACUUCACCUUCCUUUCUCUCUCUCUGACCUUUUUCUCUCUGUGUUCUUCCAUUUCCAUGGCGGCCCUGGAGGAGCAUUACCAAUCCAAGCAAACCAACAAUCCCACUACUCGCUUGAAGCUCUUUGGAUUUGACGUCCAAGAAGAUCUUGAAGACGAUUCCACCCCUACUCCCUCUGCCUCCUCCGACUCCGCCGCCGCUCCCUCCUCCGGCGACCGUAAAUACGAGUGCCAGUACUGUUACAGAGAGUUCGCCAACUCCCAAGCCCUCGGCGGCCACCAAAAUGCCCACAAGAAAGAGCGCCAGCAGCACAAACGCGCCCAAUUACAAGCCUCCCGAAACGCCACCGUUUUUAGAAACCCCAUCGUUUCUGCCUUUGCUCCACCGCCUCACCUCCUCCCCUCUGCCGUCCUCACCUCAUCAUCUUCCUGGCCGCCGGUAUAUAUGCCUCAGGCCCCACCCCAAUUCCAGGUCUCCCACGGCUGCGUCUUCACCCCACCGCCGCCACCGCCGCCCUUCUUUUCAACCGGGUCUCGGUCGGCUCACGGGAUAGUGGAUGGCCCGUCGCUGAGCCGGUUCUCCACCGUGGAGGAUGGACCCGGGUUCGAUGAUGGACCGGGUUUGGAUUUGCAUCUCAGCCUCGCACCGUCGGCGCCAUGAAAAUCGAAGCCCCCAACUUUUUUUUUAAAUUUAAAUUUUAGGGUCUGAUUAUUGAAAGAAAUUAAUGGUUAGUGUUUUUUUGCUCUUUCUUUUUCUUUAAAUUUGGGCUAAGAAAAACAAAAAAUGGAAAAAAAAAAAAAACACUGAUGAUGAGCAUGUUCAUGAUGGUUCAUCAUCAUCCAUCAUCCAUCAUUCUAUUGUAUAAUUUUGAAAUUUAUUUAUUUAUUCUUAAUUUCUGCCAAA